AUGUCAUAUGUUGGUAUCGUCCUCAUCGGACCUCUCGGACCCUUCCUAACGAAACGGACGGAGGCAAUCUCCUUUGUGGCGGUAAUCCACUUCAUAAAUACCCCUGCCAAAUCCGUGGGGCAUGUUUCGCCUUCGUCGCUCCCUCGCUCAUUCAACCAGCUCAUCAUGGUCGUCGACGUCGAACGCACAUUUGGCGCGCUCUUAAUAGGGGGUAUUGUAGCCUUCAACUUAUCUGGCUUAGUGACCGCCCAGGCCGUCGCGUACUUCAAGCGCUAUCCUAAGGAUUUCAGAUUCCUGAAGCUGAUGAGUCUGAAUAGGUUCCUUGACUUCCUGCAUACAAUCUUUGUCUCCAUCGCUCUCUGGGAUCAUUUAAUCGUUCAUUUUGGUGAUGUUUCUCGCAUCGACUUUAUUCCAUGGUCACUGGGGGCAACGGUAGCAUUAACGGGGAUAUUGACAAUCUUUGUGCACAUAUUCUUUGUUCACCGUAUCUAUCUAUUGAGUCACGGCAACUUCUUCGUCGUCAUACCCAUGGCCAUGCUAUCCGCCCUUCGCCUCUCUCUCGCCUUCCUAACCACGAUCAAAAUGAUUCAAAUCCAGAGCCUUUCAAGGUUCACCCACCUAUGGAAAUGGUCAUUCACUUUCGGUCUUUCCCUGUGUUCAAUACUCGACAUGCUGUUUGCCGGUUUACUCUGCUUCUUCCUACGGCAAAACCAGAAGAAGAACUCCAGCAUGAACAAUAUUAUUAACAGCCUCAUGCUGUACACAUUCGAGACCGGCAUGGUUAACUGUGCCGCCUCCAUUGCAACUCUCAUAUGCUGGGUGACUAUGAAAGACAACCUGAUCUUCCUCGGAAUUCACUUCGCCAUCGGCAAAUUGUAUGCCAACUCAGUCAUGGCAACUUUGAAUGCACGAAAGGAUCUACGCCAAACCGGCGGUCGCCCCUCUCAAUUUUCUGGCUCUGGGACAAACCCACAAGCCAUAAUGUAUCCCGAUAGCUUUACUGUAUCCAAAGGUUCGACGGUUAAAAUCAUGGUCGACCAAACAAAGGUUUCGACGUUUGAAUGA